AUGGCAUAUUAUAACCCUCAGGACAGUGGCCAGAUUGAAGAAAAUGUUGGGGCCACUAUUAUGAUUCAACAUUGUAAGCAGGAAGCAGAGAGUAAAUUACAGCUACAGGACUAUGUUGGAGCCUAUGAUGACUAUAGUUAUGCCAUAAGGAUAGCACAAGCUAUACCUUUUGUUGGAGAGGAGAUGCCAAAACUACUGUGUAACAGAUCCAUGGUUCUCCUGAAAAUGAGGAGAUAUGCAGAAGCACUAGCUGAUGCCAUGGCCAGUAUCAAUGAUUUUCCAUAUUGGAUAAAAGGUUUCUGGAGAGCAAGCCAAGUUUUUAAAGAACAAGGACAAUUGUACAGAGCUGUGGAUAUAUUGAAUGAAGGAUUAGACGCGUGUAAGAAAUAUUCCUAUAAGGAUGAUCAGCUGACUUUCUUCACGGAGAUGGCAACAAUUCUAAGCUAUGCAAAAGGUUGCUCAGUUAAUCCAUUUCUUCGAAGCCCUGAUUCAAGCCAGACGUCACUCAGAGUCAAGGUCAUACAAAGAUUGAUAUUUAACAAGGCUUGGGAAGCCAUCAGUUACCUAGUGACUGGGUUAUCUUCAGGGGACAAUGAUGAGUUGGCAGCGUCAUUUUGUGACCUUGACUUAUCUUUUGUUCCUGUCGGAGACCUCCUGAGAGAAACAUCAGUAUCCCAGAGGAAAAGCUGGGGAAUACAUUUAGCAAUUACUCUCCUUGGAACUGGUUCUUCUUUUGAACAAAUGGAACUUGUAUUAGGACAGGCUACUAUUCACAUUGGAGUCCAGUCUGCUUUAGAAACAGGAGAUUUAGAAUUUUUGAAGUUUUUGUUGGCAACUUUCAUUGAUAGUCAAGUAAAAAAAGAUAUGAUUGACAAAAAUGGUGAUUCAGCUGUCCAUUUAGUGGUGAAGUCGGGGAAGAUUAAUACCACACUAGGAGAAUCUAUUUUGAGAUUGUUGAUGAACAGUGGGUGUACAGCUUAUUUAAAGAAUAUGUCUGGACAGCUACCAAUUGAUUACCUUAAACCAACUGACCAGGGCUUUUCAUUAUUACAGGCAGCAAAAAGUAAUGCAGAUGAAGACAUCAGGAAGGGGAUCAUAAUGUUUAAAAAUAAGGGUAACGAUGCACUAAAAAACACCAACAAUGGACAGGCUAUACAGAUGUAUACUAAAGGCUUACAACUAUGUGGAGAUAACUCUGUUUUUAAAAGAGAAGCAGCUGUGUUGCUAAGCAACAGAUCAAAUGUGUACAGCAUGAUGGGAAUGCAUAAAGAAGCACUGAAGGAUGCAGAUGAAUCGAUUAAAAGUGACAAUUCUUGGUACAAGGGUUACUGGAGAAAAGGCCAGGAAUUGAAACAGAUGAAGAGAUUUACAGAUGCCUAUACGACAUUCCUUAGCAUGUUUACCUCAUGUUACGAUGUCUACCCAGGAGACAAACUUAACUUCAUGACAGAAGCUGCUGUUUUGUUCAAAGAUAUUCCAGAUUUGCAGAAAAAAGACAAGUACAAAAUGUUGUCACUAGGAGACCGAGAUAUGUGGACCAAUAUCUUAAUUAAGUUAUCAAAGACAGGUGACUGGCUGACCAUUAGAUAUCUAUUGAUGGGGAUGUCAACAGAGCUUCCUAAAGCUCCUAGUAGCAGAGGAGAAGGUGUGGCAGCUCUAGCAUCCACCAACAGUAUGUCAUUUGGCACUGUGUUUGAAUAUCUGAAAACUGUAAGACAUAUGACAAUAACAGCUAGUUGGUUGACCCCCACAUUGGUAGUGUUACUAUACAGACAUAAAGGGAACUAUCUUAACUUCCUAGCUGAUGAAAGAGAUACAUGUGUACAUGCUGUGGUCAGAUAUUCUCUCAUUACAGAUAAUACAGAGAAAUCUUGA